AUGAAUGUAAACGAUAUACCGAAGCAGCUCACCGAAUUUUACUAUUCAGCGCUCUCCAGGGAGAAAGGCCAACUGGGCAAUAUAUAUAGGACAGAUUCUGCUCUAACCUGGGAAGGGACCAAGCAUGAAGGAGUUGCAGCUAUCAUGGAACAGCACAUGCGAUUUGCGGAAGGAGUUCAGUUCAAUACUGUAACCAGAGACUUCCAAAUUUGUGGGGAUAAGAUGGUGGUGUUAGUCACCGGGCAACUCAUAACUGAAGCUGGUGCAAACCCUGUUCACUUUUCACAAGCAUUCACUCUGGCAGCUGAUGGGGCUGGUGGGUUCUACGUGUUGAAUGACUUGUUCAGACUGAACUAUGGUUAA